GCAACAGAGGCAGAAAACGAGAAUGACAAUGAAGAGGAAGAGUGUGCUCCACUGGAGGACCAUGAAGAGACCUUUCCCCCGGCAGAGAGAGAGGUCCGUGGAGCUACAGAGUUGUUUUGUUGGUUCUGCAGAAAGUCUGCCUUUGAGCAAUUUGAUCAGCUUACUCGUGAGCACGGUGCCCAAGAGUGGGAAGAGGAGCACCAGCAGCGUGGAGCUGAGGAACAUGAAAUAAGUGGGAAAAGUGAAGAAAAUGUGGAAGAAACAGAACUGGUUGUCUUGGAUCCAGAACACCCUCUGAUGAGAAGAUUCCAGGCUGCCCUGAAGAAUUACCUUACCAAGCAGAUAGAAAAAGCGAACCUAGAGCUUCAGGAACUGAGGACAGCAACGAAGAAGGGCAAAGCAGAGAGAGAGGAACUUGGGGUGAUUCUUUACGGAGCGCAGCAGCAGCUGGCCCAUCUGCAGGUGGAACUGGAGAAGAGCCGUGCCCGCUGUUCUCAGACGGCCACAGCACGUCAGCAGCUGGAAGAGGAACUGGAGGGCCUCAGGCUUACGUGCAAGAAAAUGUCUCAGAACACAGUUGAUGAGCGCAAGAAAGUUUCUGCAAUGCAGACCCAGGUUGAAAACCUGGCCUUGCAUCUCUUCUGCGUGCAGAAUAUGGACGAGGAAAUGCGCCAUAAUAUUUUGUUGAUGAAACACUCAACAAAGAAAGCUGAGGCAGAGAAGCUCCAGGCUGAGGUGGAAAAGAGAAAACAGGAUCUUCUGCUCGACCGCUUAACAAGAAAAGUCUAUGAUCUACAAGAACAGAUUGCUCUGUCUGAAGCUCAGUUUGUGGCCCAGGUGAAGGACACAAAAGUAACUCGGCAAGCAGUAAACGAGGCUUGUAUGGAGGUGCAGGCCAUUAACAUGGAGAAGAAGCGACUGAUGAAGCACUGGAACAGCAGCUUGGCUGGAAUGAAGCAAAGAGAUGAGGCCUACGUUGCCACACAGGAGCUGCUGAGCAAGUACAGACAUGACCUCAAGUCCCUAGAGAUGGGCAUCCAUGACUGCAGAAAGUCAAUCAGGAAGGAGGAGGAGAAGAACGAGUUGCUUGUCACCAUCCUGAGCCGUUCAGAGAGCGAUGCCAACACCACAAAGAGACUGAUUGCCCAGUGCCUCUCAAGGCAGGAGGCCCUGAAGGUUGAAUCUGGCACCUAUGCCCGUGUUCUGCAUGAGACAGAGCAGGCCCUCAGUGGGACCAAGAGGGAUCAAGCUGCCCGUCUGAAGGAGUUGCUGUCCAUCAGUAAGGAUAUACAGAAAGGAACAGAGGCCAAAGAGCAGAUGGAGAAUGAAAUCGUGGCAAAGCUCCAGGAUCAAAUGAUGUCCAGCAAAGCCACAAAGCACUUCUCACAGCUGACUGCGAAACUUCAUAGGAGAAAAACAGAUCUGGAGCUGUAUUUUUCCAAGGUUGAGAAUGAUAUGGCCCAGGUUAUUCUGAAUGCGACUCAUACCGAUUGCAGGCUGACAAUUCUCCAAAAAACACUUUGUGAGCUGGACAAGGAAAUAAAAAAUAUCCGUGAUCUGAUCAGCUGCAAGGAACGUGAGAUCGCAAAGUGCAGUCUCCUGAUGGAGAACAAGCGAGUGGUGCUCAGCCAGUACAACAGGCGGUUGGAGACACUUCUUUCUCAGCAGGGGGGGCAAGGACCGCUGGAAAUCGAAAUCAACAGUCUGACCAAGCAGAUAGAAGAAUAUCAUUCUGAGCUGAUGACACUGCAGAAGUACUGGCUGAAUCAGCAGAAAGAGCUUGUCAAAUUAACACAUGAGCGGGAGGAACAAAUAGCCUCCUUGGAUAUGCUAAAGAAGCAGAUCACAAUAAUGCAGCAGAGGAAGGUGCGCACUGAAAGUAAGNNNNAGCAGGAAACAAAAGAACAGAAAGACAUCGAGCGUCACAUGAGGAACAUGUCAAACGACUUGAUAAAGUUGAAUGUGUUGAUCAACAAGAAAAACAGCAGCUUCGAGGAGCUGCAAUAUGGCAACAUCAUCACAGAGAACGAGUUCAUACGCUCACUCAAGGUGGCAGAAAAAGAAUCAAUUGAGAUGCAGGAGAGGCACAAUCAAUUGACUGAGGAGAAGGAAAGACUCCUGAACAGCCUGGUGGAAGCUGAGCAUCAAAUCAUGCUGUGGGAGAAAAAGAUCCAGCUGACAAGGGAGAUGCGUGCAGCGGUGGAUUCUGCGGAAGGACAAGGCGAAAUCCAAGCCAUGAGAACGGAGAUUCAUAGGAUGCAAGUGCGCUAUGGCCAGCUGAUGAAGCAGCAGGAGAAGAUGAUUCGUGAUAUGGAGGUAUCUGUUUCUCGUAGAGAGGUGAUAGCAGCUCGUGGACAGGGUCAGAACAAAGCAGAUAAGAAACGUCUCACCAAGAGUGACUUCCACCGCAAGAAACAGGAGCUGAGAAAGAAGAUCAGUGAAACCCAGAAGAACACUCAAGACUGCAACAAAACCAUCCUGGAGCUGGAGAGCACCCAAGCAUCCCUAAGUGCCACCUUCUCAGAGAAGCAGCAAGAGCUGCGCCGGCUGCAGGCUGAGUCCGACGACCUCGAUUCAGAUGCAGAACUUCUUUGGAACAGGAAGCGAUGGAACCUUUUGGAGAUAGUGGCCCACCAGACACGCCAGAAGCAUCUUCAGGCGCUGAAGGAGGGAAGGUACGCUCCCCUCUGCUGCACCCAGCAGGCCUGGAGAAACGAGCAGCAGAAGCUGCAGGACCGGCUCCGCACCAUCGGCACCAUCGUCCACCAGAUCCAAGAGGAGCAUCCUCAGCACCACCGGCCUCUCCAGUGGCUCCAUCAGUGCCUGGAAUCCAGGCUCGGCUCGCAGCAGGCCUGA